CGUGCACUGGAGGGGCGCGAGAGGAUUCUUGGACCUGACCACCCGGACACCCUGUCAAGCGUCGCCGGCCUGGCUAGUGCUCUGGGAGAACAAGGAAAGUAC